AUGGAUUCUCCAAGAGCUGAAGCAGCUGUGACAAUCUUGGACAAAUGUAAGCUGUUUGCCACAAGGCCAGAAUAUGCCCUGGAGAUUGUCAUUAGCACCUUAGAGGAUUUUGCAGAAAAGAAGUCCACAGCAAAGGCCCUGGAAGAUGUAAAGGCAAACUUUUACUGUGAAUUAUGUGACAAGCAGUAUCACAAACACCAGGAGUUUGACAAUCAUAUUAAUUCUUAUGACCAUGCUCAUAAGCAGAGACUGAAAGAAUUAAAGCAACGGGAAUUUGCUCGAAAUGUAGCUUCUAAGUCAUGGAAAGAUGAGAAAAAACAAGAAAAAGCACUUAAACGACUUCAUCAGCUGGCUGAGUUAAGGCAGCAAUCUGAAUGUGUUUCUGGAAAUGGACCAGCAUACAAAGCCCCCAGGGUAGCCAUAGAAAAGCAACUCCAGCAAGGAAUUUUCCCCGUUAAGAAUGGCAGAAAGGUAUCAUGCAUGAAGAGUGCUCUUCUCCUUAAAGGAAAAAAUCUCCCCAGAAUCAUAUCCGAUAAACAGCGGUCCACCAUGCCAAAUCGACACCAAUUACAAUCAGACAGGCGUUGUUUGUUUGGAAAUCAGAUACUGCAAACAUCUUCAGAUCUCAGCAAUGCAAAUCACAGAACAGGAGUAUCAUUUUCUUUUUCCAAAAAAGUGCACCUAAAAUUAGAAUCUUCAGCAUCAGUUUUCAGUGAGAACACAGAAGAAACCCACGAUUGUAACAAGUCACCCAUUUAUAAAACAAAACAAACUGCAGAUAAGUGCAAGUGCUGCAGGUUUGCAAAUAAAGAUACACACCUUACCCAGGAAAAAGAGGUAAAUAUCUCACCAAGCCAUCUGGAAAGUGUUUUACACAAUACCAUCUCCAUAAACUCUAAAAUUUUGCAAGACAAAAACGACUCUAUUGAUGAGACACUAGAAGAUUCAAUUGGCAUUCAUGCUUCAUUCUCUAAAUCUAACAUUCAUCUUUCAGAUGUAGAUUUUACUCCUACCAGCAGAGAAAAAGAAACUAGAAAUACAUUGAAGAACACUUUAGAAAAUUGUGUUAAUCACCCAUGCCAAGCAAAUGCUUCCUUCAGCCCACCAAACAUUUACAACCAUAGUGAUGCCAGGAUAUCUGAAUGCCUGGAUGAGUUUUCAUCACUGGAGCCAAGUGAACAAAAGAGUACAGUGCAUCUGAAUCCAAAUUCCAGAAUAGAGAACAGAGAAAAAUCUUUAGAUAAAACAGAAAGAGUUAGCAAAAAUGUUCAAAGACUUGUAAAAGAAGCAUGUACCCAUAAUGUGGCAUCUAAACCACUACCUUUUCUCCACGUUCAAAGCAAGGAUGGCCACACCACUCUUCAAUGGCCUACAGAACUUCUGCUCUUUACAAAAACAGAACCCUGUAUCUCUUAUGGCUGCAACCCACUAUAUUUUGAUUUUAAGCUUUCUCGGAACACAAAGGAAGACCACAAUCCAGAGGACUUAAAAACAGAAUUGGGUAAGAAGCCCUUGGAAUUGAAGACUAAAAGAGAGAGCCAAGUCUCAGGUUUAACUGAAGACCAACAAAAAUUGAUCCAAGAUGAUUAUCAAUAUCCGAAACCAAAGACGAUGAUAGCUAAUCCGGAUUGGGAAAAAUUCCAGAGGAAAUAUAAUUUGGACUACGGUGAUUCUGAGCCAAAUAAGAGUGAAUAUACUUUUAGUGCAAAUGAUUUGGAAAUGAAAAAUCCUGAAGUGCCUCUUUACCUCAACACAUCUCUAAAGGAUUGUGCUGGAAAGAAUAAUAGUAGUGAGAACGAACUUAAGGAAGCUUCAAGGGCCCAUUGGCAAGGCUGCAGAAAGGCAGUUCUAAAUGAUAUAGAUGAGGACCUAUCUUUUCCUUCCUACAUCUCUAGGACUAAAAAGCAUAAAUUGAUUCCCUGCAGUCCUCAUUUGGAAUUUGAAGAUGAAAGACAAUUCAACUGCAAGUCCAGUCCUUGUACAGUAGGGGGUCACAGUGACCAUGGGAAAGACUUCAGUGUAAUUUUGAAGAGUAACCACAUCAGCAUGACCAGCAAGGUUUCCGGAUGUGGAAACCAAAGAUACAAGAGAUACUCUCCACAGUCAUGUUUGAGUAGAUAUUCUUGCUCUUUGAACACAUCCCCUAGCAGCAUGUCUAGCUUGAGAAGUACUUGUUCAAGUCAUAGAUUCAAUGGUAACAGCAGAGGUAAUUUGCUCUGCUUCCAUAAAAGAGAACACCACUCAGUUGAAAGGCACAAAUGGAAAUGUCUAAAGCACAACUGCUUCUACUUGUCUGAUGAUAUAACAAAGAGCAGCCAAAUGCAGUCUGAACCACAGAAAGAGAGGAACUGCAAAUUGUGGGAAUCAUUUAAAAAUGAAAAAUACUCAAAACGUAGAUAUUGUCACUGCAGAGAAAGACAAAAACGGGGCAAAAAUCAACAACAAUUUUCAGGGCUAAAAUCUACCAGAAUCAUCUAUUGUGAUUCUAACUCACAGAUUUCCUGUACUGGAAGCAGUAAAAAACCACCUAAUUGCCAGGGAACUCAGCACAACAGAUUGGACUCUUACUCAAGAGAGAAAAUUUAUUACUUGAAUAAAAGUAAGAGAAAUCAAGAGUCUUUGGGCAGCCCUCACAUUUGUGAUCUGGGAAAAGUCAGGCCCAUGAAGUGUAACUCCAGGAAUAUCAGCUGCCUUCUAAAGAACUGUUCCAGUGGCCCUUCAGAAACCACAGAAUCAAACAUUACAGAAGGAGAGAGGACCCCUCUAACAGCAAAAAGCCUUUUAGAAAGAGUACAAGCCAAGAAAUGUCAAGAACAAUCAAGUAAUGUUGAGAUCUCUUCAAACAGUUGUAAAAAUGAAUUAGAGGCUCCUUCGCAAGUCCCAUGCACAAUUCAACUUGUACCAUCAGGCUGUAACAGACAAGCAUUGCCUUUGUCUGAAAAAAUACAGUAUGCAAGUGAGAGCAGAAAUGAUCAAGACAGUGCAAUUCCAAGGACUACGGAGAAAGACAAAAGCAAAAGUUCACACACAAAUAAUUUUACAAUUUUAGCAGACACUGAUUGUGAUAACCAUCUUUCUAAAGGUAUAAUUCACCUAGUAACAGAGUCUCAGUCACUAAACAUAAAAAGGAAUGCAACAACAAAAGAACAAUCAAAACCUUUAAUUAGUGAAAUCCAACCUUUUAUUCAAAGCUGUGACCCAGUACCAAAUGAAUUCCCUGGUGCUUUUCCGUCUAAUAAAUAUACUGGUGUGACUGAUUCAACAGAGACCAAAGAAGACCAAAUAAAUCUAGACUUACAGGAUGUAAGCAUGCAUAUAAAUCAUGUAGAGGGAAAUAUAAACUCUUACUAUGACAGAACUAUGCAGAAACCUGACAAAGUCGAAGACGGAUUAGAAAUGUGUCAUAAAUCUAUCUCUCCCCCUGUAAUUCAACAGCCCAUAACAUUUUCUCCCGACGAAAUAGAUAAAUAUAAGAUCCUACAGCUACAAGCCCAGCAGCAUAUGCAGAAGCAACUCCUAUCAAAGCAUCUUCGAGUUUUGCCUGCUGCAGGGCCUACUGCCUUCUCUCCGGCCUCAACCAUACAGACAGUUCCGGUUCACCAGCACACUUCUAUCACCACCAUCCACCACACGUUCCUGCAGCAUUUUGCUGUUUCUGCUUCCUUAAGUUCUCAUAGCAGUCACUUCCCUAUUGCUCAUCUACAUCCUCUUUCACAGGCACAUUUCAGUCCUAUUUCAUUUUCGACUCUGACUCCAACCAUUAUCCCUGCACACCCCACUUUCUUAGCAGGUCAUCCCCUGCAUUUAGUAGCUGCUACCCCCUUCCACCCAUCUCACAUAACACUUCAGCCUCUGCCCCCUACAGCAUUUAUUCCUACAUUGUUUGGUCCUCACUUAAAUCCAGCCACAACUUCUAUCAUCCACUUGAAUCCUUUAAUCCAACCAGUAUUCCAAGGUCAAGAUUUUUGCCAUCAUUCUUGCUCUAGCCAGAUGCAGCAGUUAAAUGAAGUGAAAGAGGCCUUAAAUGUGUCCACACACUUGAACUAAUAAGUGUUAAAGCCCCUCUUGUGGAUAAUUUUUUUAAUUGUCACUACCUAUAAAAUCAUACAUUUAAAGAAGUCUGUCAAUUAUAAGAUUUAAAAUAUUGCUGCCAAUUCAAAAUGUGACAAAUAUAUAAAUAUGAACUGAAUUGCUAAUAUUAAAACAAGAGCAUUUUAAUAAUUUUUUAGCUUGCCAAAAUAAUAGGCAAAUUUGAAUAAUUUUAUGAAAGUGUAGAGGGAAGAGGGAAAGAGUUAAAGAUUUGUUUUGGAUGGGUUCUCGAAUAAUGUUAUAAAAUAGCAACAGAAAACAUUAAAGCAGAGCAUUAAAAUUAAAAAGAAAAAUCAAAUGAAAUAUGGCACCCUGCGUUCUAAGUAUUUGUUGUGUGAAUGAAUGAGUGUUGAUUUGGCUUAUUUGUUAGAUAAUAAAAGGUCAGUGAAAUGAAGCAAUUAUUUAAAGUAAUUUAUAUUGUUAACUAUUGACUAAGUUUUCAAUUAAUGUAGUCUGUUACUGUAUUUUCAUAGGAAAUAAGAACAAGACAUUUUCUGAUUAAUUUAGGCUGAAAAUUACAUUUUAAUGAAAAACAAUCUUUAUAGAUUAUACUUUUGAGUUUCUGUGAAAAAUAAAUUAUCUUCAUUUCACACAAAUCUAUGUCAAGAUAAUUUUGUAAUUGUAAGAAUCAGCAAAAUCUAAAACUAAGAAUGUUUAACUUUUGUAUAAAAACAUGUACAAACUAUCAUUAGUACCUGAUAAUGCAAACUCAAAAAUAAAACAUGCUCAGAAUAACCUUUUAAAUAUAUUGGUCAAUCUGUCAAAUAUAACAGGAACUAAAAUAUUGUUUAUUAUUCUUCUACUCAAAAAUUUUACUACGUUCAGCCAAUACAUGUAUAAGGAUAGAGGUAAAGGUUUGAAAAUGUCAGUGUUUUUACAUGUUUAUUGAGGAUAUCUUAUUAAAUAUCUGGUGUGUUUUAUUCAAUUGUACUAGAUAUUUAUGAAACAAUGAAUAAUGAUGAAUAAAAUCACCAUCCAUGUAAUUUUGCAAAUAAUUUCAGACAUUCAUUCAAAAUGGUUUUUGGCCCCCAAAAUUUGCAUUUCAUACAUCUAUAUUGGUGCGUAAUCCUACAGUUAGGUUUAUUAUUUUAUGUUCUUAAGCAUGAGUUUCAGAGAAAUCAAACUUAACAGAAAUGGAGGUAAUCAUUUAUCUAAUGCUGUCUAUACGAAGAUGCAAACUCUGCAAACUCCUCUACCACUAGAAGAUUAGAGGAUGUCUUCUUCAGCCUUGGCUGCAAAAGGAAGAUAGCUAUAUUUAAGGCUUGUUGUGAUUCAGGUACACUUACCCUAUCCACUUGUUUGCAUUAUCUUCCUUAAUUUUCACAACUGUAUUUUGAAAUCAGUAUUAUCAUUCCUCAUUACAGAUAAGGAAAAUGAAAUAGAAAGGUUAAAUACUAAAUACUUGGUAAACAGUAGGAAAGGACAUCAUUGAUUCAGGAGAGACAGGUGAGAGAGAAAGAGAAAGAAAGGGUGGAGGGAAGAAAAAGAAUAAAAGGAGAUAAAGUAAAUUUGAAGUUUUAACAGAAAGAAAAACUGCAGUUCCCAAGAUAUCACUAGAAACUUGUGAGAUGAGAGUUCUGACUGGUACAUAACAGUGACAGAAUCUAAAUUUAAAAUGAAUGGAGAAAUGAAGAAAAACCAUCAAAUAGCAAGGAGCUAUACUUGCAUGGAAUUCCAUAAAAACGAUUACAAACGGUCAUUGAUGAACAUUGAGUAAAUCCAAAAAGAAGCAAGACAAAUGAAAUAUUUCUUAUAAAAUGGAUGACAAAUGGUCUAGCAGAUUUUUUAAGUCCUGUGGAUAAUUAUUUCCUAAAGCAAAUUACAAAGCUGAUGCAGAGCCAAGAUAGAGUAAUCAUGGGAACUCACUAGAUGUCCUAUUGUAAAAAACACUGACCACUUGACUGAUUUUUAUAAUUGCCUUGGUGACAAUUUAAACUCUCAGAAGGUUAGACCCAAGCACCUCUACUGAGCGCUUAAUUUUGACUAACAAAGACAGAUUGAUAUGAACGGAUGACAUGGAAGUGACUAUUCCAUCUUGUAUUAACAGUGAUGAGGUGUUCACUGGACAAACUAAUUUGGACUAUGUGGAAAGCAAACAUCUCCCUUUAAAUAAAAGAUAAUUUGUACUCCAGGGUGAGAAAUUGGAAAAGUUGUGGCAUCACGUGAGGAAAGACGCAAUUAUGCAACUUACUUCCGCCCAAAUCAGUAACUGUAGGCUGAAACACUGUUUUAUUUUCCAUUUUACCUUGAGAUAAACACACUCUGGGAAAAAAAACAUUUGAAAUAUAUAUUGAACCCUAAAAUAGUUCGAUUUUAAAAAAUUUGUCACUGUGAUGGAUUGUAUUUUUAGCAGUGUUUCCUUCCAUUUACAUAAUUAUUUGACAGGUGACUUUUAGCAUUAAAUUUAUUUUAUGACUAUUGCCUGAUAUUUACAGGUUAAUUUUCUUUCUGGGAUUACUGUUUCACAAGUGGCUCAUGGAGGCAGUUUUUAAAAAAUCUGUCUUAAGCUCUAAAUGCUUAAGAAAGGCUGUGAAAUCUUUCCACACAAGUACACACACAUGCAUGCACAAACACACAUUUAUCUAUCUAUAUGUCUUUCUUACAGAUUAUGAACCAGUCUAGCAUCAGAUAGCAUCAUUGGAUUCGAGGUAAACAAAAUAAAUGCUUUGUAUGAAGGACUGAAAAUUUGGGAAAGUUCAUCUUCUUAAUAAUUCCCUGCCAAAUUCAGCAAGAAAAAAAUACAAUGGGCCUAUAAAAAUGCAAAGGUAAACUUAAGUUUCAUCUUCAAGAACGUUAUAAAUAAAAUAUUGGAAGUGAUUAGAAUAUAGAGAAUGAUUUAGAAAGUCUCCAAUUCCCAGAGUUUUUGCUUAGGUAGACAUUUUAUAAAAUGAUCCCUUGAAAUUUGUUUCACUUCCCGAAAAUGGAUUUUACAGUGACUCCUUUUCUUUAGUUUCUGCCAGGACUUAAUGGAAUCUCUCUGUUAUCUCUAAAUGGAAAUAUACUUAAAGAAACUAAUUCUGUAAAACGUUUCUGUUAAAUGAAACACUUAACCAGUACAAUUACUCAAGAUUAUAUUGCUGAAUCUGACUAUCUCCUUAGUGCAUGAAGUUAUUACUUACACAGCUCAAAAUGCUGGCAGCAACACAGCUUUCUGAAUUUUACCACCAUACUUUUAAGCUGAUCCUAAAACAUUAUACAUUUCAAAUCAUUUGAUACAAUAAUUGGAGAUAUGGAGAUGGCUCUACCCAUUAGGAUACCGAUUGGUAUUCAGGUGUUCUAGAUGUAUAUGAAUGAAACGUCCAGAUCCCCUCCCCAGGAUGUGUGGAUAUUUAACUCUUUAGUGGUGAAAUAGUACUGCUGAUCAUCUCAAAUCAGUAGCACAUUUCUUAAUCAUUCCUAAAAAGUUCUCCACGUUUUCAGAGUUUCUGAGUUUUCAGAAACAUAGUUAACAUUCUGAAAAAAACAUGUAAAUGUCAUAUCCAGUUUUGUAAAAACACAAUUUAAAGGAUCUAAAUCUUACAUAUCAAUGUAUGCAGAUAAGAUACUCAGGGGCAAAAUGGACCUAAUGCUCAUCUCUGGCUUAGCAAAGCUCAUGAAAAGGUUUAGUUUUGAUUCUUUAAAUUAGAUGAAAUUCUGAAGGAAAAUGUGCUCUCAUUGGCAAAUAGAAACAUUAUUUAAAAGCAUGUGAGUGGCUAGUUCCACACAAUAGUCAGGAAAACAGAUAGUUGCCUUUUGUGUUUCAGACUGAAACCACUUCAAUAAGAUGAGCAUUUCCUACUAAAAUACUAGUUCUCGUGCCAAUAAGCCUGGGUCUAGAGGAUUUUCAAAGGUUAUCAUUUCAUUCCAGCAAAAAUAUUAUCCACUUCUUCUAUUAGGUAGACGUUGAAAGUGAUUGUUGUAUCUUUGGAUUAAGCUAUAUUAAAAUGGAAGCAGCAGCUGAAUGGGUUAGGUUUAGAAUAAGCCAGUAUUAGAAAGAUAAGCCAAAGGGUCAUUUUCAUUCUAUGGAGCUAUAUAUAAGGGGGAGAGCUCCCAAUCCACUUUUUAAAUUCUUUUCUCAAAGUCACUUCCUCUUUUUGCAACCCCCCAUUUUUCUUAAAUAGCAAGAGUAAGAAUAUCUUGUGAGAAGCAUUAAAAUAAAAUCAGGCAAAUUGGAAAACUUAAAAUAUGUAUGAGUGCACAUGUGAGUGUGAAUCUGUGUGUGUUUUUGAUAAAUAUACUCUUUAGUCUUUAAUUGUACAUCUUGAUCUUUGUUGAAAAUAGUGUUUUUUAAAACAUAUUCACAUAUUGAAACAACAACUUCAAGAAGAGGUUUCUUAUCCCCAAGCAAAAUUGUUAGUUCCUUCCAUAUGUGAGAUAAAAUAGUUGACAAUGUAAAUUAGUCGUAUAGCUGUUUAAAGCAAAUUCCCAUCUUACUCAAUUCUAUUUAAAGUACUUAAUUUGUAAUUAAACUUGGUGAUCCUCUGGCAAUAUGACACAUAAACCAAUAAUUUUAUGUUGCAUUUUCUGUAUAAAUUGUCUUUUUAAACUAUACUGUGGCUAAGUAAAUUGCACUAUUGUACAUGCAAAGCAGCUUUUUUAGGUUAUUCAAUAAAUUACUUGGACUGUAGUUCAAUGCAAUAAUUUUUUUCGAUAAAAAGCUUAAUGAUAUAGGAGUGUUAGUCAUGUAUUUCUAACAAAAAGCAUACCAAAAUAUAAGAACAAACUCAAAUGCAAAAUGGUGUGGAAAUAUUCUGUGUUUUACACUGCUGAAUUAAAAUGCAUUUAUCAUUUUAUUUAUUACUGUAUGUAUUUAUAUUAUAUAUUUAAAGGCUGGGAUUUCUUAGACUAUUUCUUAAAAUUUUAGUGUUAUUAAAAUAAGCUGUUUCCUCAAACUGAAAAUAAAUAUAACUUUAAAAAUUC